UUGGGUAUUGGUUUUGGUGGUAGUGGUCGAGUUGGUGGACAGGUUGUUGGAUUUGGUAAUGGUAUGGGCGCAGACGGUCUUGGUACCAGUCUCGGUGGAUGA